CUUCUGAAGUCAUAUUUUUUUCAAUCAAGAUUGGAGCGGUUCACAUUAAGCUUAAAUCUAUUGUGUGCUCGUGUAUUGUUGUGAUUGAAGCUGAAGUAGUCUUCAACAGGAAGGACGUUGUAACAGACGGUUCUAUGAGUUAAGCUCAGGUCGUGUGGAAGGCAGCGGAGUAAGUAGCCUAAGUAGACUUCAACCUCCAUUCUUCAAACUUCCCUCAGUUUGCAAAAGUAGGUUUUGAGGAGUUAUCCUUGCUCCCCCGGACGAAUAACUUCCUGGAAUAGAAUUCACCGAUCCACAAAUGAUGUUAUUGAUUGUGUGCACAAUCGUUCCCCGUCUCCCCUGCGAAUGUUGGUUUAAUUUCUCAUUUCCUGCAAACAAAGCCGCUAGGUCAAUUGUAGGAGCUAUGAGUGCAUCCCUGAGAGAACAACCCGAAAGAACAGGUUAGGGAUCCAUCCAAAGUGAAGCUAUCGACGUGGCCGGUGCAGUUGAAAAACCACUUCACGGCGCAUAUCGCAAUCGAUCAAAAAUCUUGCAAACGAGAGUGUUUUUCAAGCCUUGUUCCGCUAGAGGGCGCUCCAUGCAAUGAGUAACACCCGGCGACUAGAAAGCGGGUCAAUACAGUAGAGCGGCAUCGAUGGUGGCUGAGUACCCGCGUCCAACGGGACGGGAAGCGACGGAGCCGAAAGGUGUUGAAGCAAUAGAGUACUGGAUUGCUAGAGAGAGGACGUGGAAGAAAGGAGGAGAACACAGGAAUCUCCUUUUCCGGCUGACCCAUCGGAGGACUGUAGUGUGGAGGGCGCCUCUCGUGCUCUUCCCAGGACUUCAGCAGCUGAAAGACAAAGAGGAUGCCAGGAAGAGAAUUCCAGACAAGUGAGAGUCCAAACCAGCAUUAAAAAAGAAGGCAAAUGAAGCCAACAAUGAAAGACUUUUCAGCCUCCUCCAGAAAACUAAAAAAAAUUCUUCAUCAGAAGGUGACAGGCAAAAGAGAGAAUAACAGGAAGAGAAUUUUGAGCUGGAAAAAUCUGUGAAUGUAGAAUUCACUGCAGAAAAAGGUCAAGGGGGAUAAUUCAGAAAAAUGGAAAUAAUCUGGAAAUCAUUGGGGAGGAAGAGGUCACUUGUAUAUUGGACAGGCAGUCAUGCAAGCCUUGCCCUGUGAAGAAAGCACAGCUUGAAUGAAAGCAACAUCCAAGAAGGGAUUCAAAAUAUUUUUGACUUUGAGAAUCCAAAAAUAUCAAUUUAUGGGAAAUGCAGAGAUUGCAGACCACCCCUGAUUAUACAUGAAGGGAACCACACUGAAGGAAAGCCACCCUCUGUCCUUAAUAUGGAACAAGCUUUAGGAAGCAUGCUACCCUAGUGAUACAAAAAAGGCCUGAAAUGGGGGAGAAAUCAUUUGCUUGUUCUGAUUGUGGGAAAACUUUCAGUCGGAAUUCUCACCUGGUGACACACCAGAGGACACACACAGGAGAAAAACCCUUCGAGUGUCCAGAUUGUGGGAAAAGCUUCAGUCAGAAUUCCCACUUGGUGACACACCAGAGGACUCAGACAAGGGAGAAAGUGUAUGAGUGUCCAGAUUGUGGGAAAGAUUUCAGUCACAAUUCCAACCUGGUGAUACAUCAGAGGACUCACACAGGGGAGAAACCCUAUGAGUGUCCAUAUUGUGGGAAAGCUUUUAGUCAUAAUUCCAACCUAGUGAAACACCUGAGGACUCACACAGGGGAGAAACCGUAUGAGUGUCCGGAUUGUGGGAAAGGUUUCAGUCAGAAUUCUCAUCUUGUUAAACACCUGAGGACUCACACUCGGGAGAAAAGGUACAAGUGUCCAGAUUGUGGGAAAUGUUUCUUCUGUAAUUCCAACCUGAUGAUGCACCAGAGGACUCAUGCAGGAGAGAAACCCUAUGACUGUCCAGAUUGCGGGAAAGGUUUCAGUCAGAAUUCCAGACUUGUUAAACACCUGAGGAUUCACACUCGGGAGAAACGGUACAAGUGUCCAGAUUGUGUGAAAAGUUUCACUCAUAAUUGUGACUUUGUGAAACACCUGAAGACUCACAGAGGAGAGAAACCCUUUGAAUGCCCUGAUUGUGGGAAAACUUUCAGUCAUAAUUCCAAGCUUGUGAAACACCAGAGGACUCACACAGGGGAGAAACCGUAUAAGUGUCUGGAUUGUGGAAAAUGUUUCAGUUGGUAUUCUGGCCUAGUGAUACACCAGAGGACUCACACAGGGGAAAAACCUUUUGAAUGUCCUGACUGUGGGAAAGGUUUCAGUACUAGAACUAAUCUUAUAAAUCAUGUAGGUUUACACACAGGGGAGAAACCUUUCAAAUGCCCAGAGUGUGGAAAGUGCUUCACACAUUAUUCCUCUCUUACUGCACACAAGAAAAUCCAUAUGAAGCACAAGGUGAUGACUGUAGGGAAGGCUUGAAUUCCAUUUCUGAGUUGCCUUUAGAAGUGUGGCUGGGAAAUUAAUAUUUAAUCUCUGACCUUUUUGUGUUUAGCGAGCAUGUCUCAGUAUUAGGCAUGAGGGAAGAGAGAAAAGGAAUGAAAUGGAAAAGGUUAGCUUGAUCAAGGUUAACUACUUGUGUGUGGCUAUCGGGAAAAGGCAGGGGAUAUUCCCUUUUGCAAAAAUAGUGUCAAGGUAAAGAUUCCCCCGCACAUGUGUGCUAGUUGUUUCCGGCUCUAGGGGCAGUGCUCAUCUCUGUUUCUAAGCUGAGGAGUCAGUGCUGCCCGAAGACGUCUCUGUGGUCAUGUGGCCGGCAUGACUAAACACCAAAGGCGUAUGGAAUGCUGUUACCUUCCCAUCAAAGUGGUCCCUAAUUUUCUACUUGCAUUUUUUACGUGCUUUCGAACUGCUAGGUUGGCAGAAGCUUGGGAAAAGUAACCGGAGCGCACUCCGUUAUGUGGUGUUAGGGAUUCGAACCGCUGAACUGCCGACCUUCUGAUUGACAAGCUCAGCGUCUUAGCCACUGAGCCACUGCGCCCCAUGUUAAAAAUACCAGAAUUGCUGUCAAAAGGCUUUUCAGAAUUUUUUUUUUUUUUGCAUACUGAAUAAGUGAGGUCAUAGAAAAGCAACAUACAGAUUUUAAGAAACUCGCAGAAGCUUAAAUAUAUAUAUAUAUAUUAUAUAUAUAUAUAUUAGAAGAUAGGAGCACACUAAUUUACUUAGUGAUUGUAGCUUCCCAAAUACGAGAUGAUGGGAGCAGAGAGUUCAUCUUUUCCUAACGUUUUCAGAAAUUCAGGGGAAGAUGAAUCCCUGUCCAGAUUGUGAAGAGCCGAGCAAGAACAGUGACCCACAGAAUGGAGAACAUAUGAGGGAGGUUUGGGGCAGUGACAAGCGUACAAAAAUGUCACAUGUAAAGGUACUUGGCCAUGGUAUUCAAAUGAUGUUGGAAUAUGGUAGAGAAAAAUGGCAGUCCAGUUUUCUACCAAUUCCUGCUGUGAUCUCCUUUGCUUGGAGGUGCCUCUUGUUAUUCUUUGAAUGCUGAUGGGUGAUAGCAGUGGAAGUUGCCAGUUUUUUUCCUGAAUUUAGAAGACACCAAAGAAUUCAAGGGUUCUCUGUAUCAGUAACACAGCUCAGGUUAUAAUACAAUGUGCCUGUGAACCUGAACCCACAGAAACAACAAAGCACAUGCUUCUCCAGGGGCUUUAUUAGACAGAAAUUAGUAUCGGGUUCAUAUCUCUAAUACUGUAUAAAUACUCAGGCUGCACAGGACAAUUCUACAGCUCCUUGCUGCUUUCAGAAAGUCGCUCUGGUACAAAAUACAGUGUAAUGUUGCCAGGUUCUGCAGAGUAGCACUUAAAAACUGGGCAGAUGAUGGAUGACCUGUGCCAUAUAGUAGUCUUAAGGAUCAUCAUACUGUGUUCACUGUGGAGUGAUAGAUUUAAUCUGCCAUGUGCUAAACUUUAUGCACUCUACAGGAAUUUCAUGCUCCUCUCCGUGCUCUUAGUUCCAUUUAGGCCUCUUGUUUUUAUAUAUACUAUGUCAUUUAUGUCUAUUGCUUUUUUGUAUAAUUACUAUUUUUACCCUAUGGUUACUUUCUCUCCUUUUUAACUGAAUAUACCUCACAUUCAUUAUGUUG